ACCAUGGCCUUGCUGAGUGUUAUAGGUUCCAGCUCCAUCAUUGCCUACGCUGUCUUCCAAAACGCCGUGCGGUCCCCUGAGGUUCGCCCUCUCUUCUACCUGAGCCUCUCGGACCUGCUCCUCGGCAUGUGCUGGCUCGCCGGGGCGCUCCUCUACAGCACGCCGGCCCCCGAGGAGGAUCUCAUCUGCUACAACCUGCAGGCCACGGGGCAAAUAUUCUACGUGGCCUCUUUUCUGUACACUGUCAACUACACUUGGCAUCUCUACGUGGACCUAAAGAUGAAAUACAACCAGAACCUUUACAGGAUGUCUCCCCCGGUUGUAGACUACACCAGUUACAUUGGCCGAGCAGCAACUAUCUUGUCCAGCUUGAUCCCUUUUCUUCUGAUGGUGCCCGUGUUUUGCCUGGGAAACAGCAGUAAUUGCUAUCAGAACUUCAGCCAGAAGCAUGGGUGCCUCCUGAUGCACACAGAAAUCGCCGUGUCCCCCAGCGAGCUCCCAGCUCUGAGCAGCUCUGUUUGCCAGGUCAUGUAUUACUACGGCAUCGGCGUCUUCCUCGUUUCCUUUCUGAUCAGCUUCGUAGCCAUUCUGGUUAUACUUGUUCAAGCCCGUGGUUUGUACAAAAGGUUUGUAAACUCCACAGGAUUCUUGGGAGAUCAACAGUGGGCAAUGAUUAAGGUGGUGGAGCAGCGAGUGGUGUUUUACCCCAUCGCGUUCUUCUGCUGCUGGGGCCCAGCUGUCCUCCUUGGAAUACUGAAGCUGAUAGCUUCAGCAAACAACAAAGUCUACAUGGCUCUCUUUAUUCUACAGGCUCUGACCGCAGCGUCCCAGGGCCUCCUGAACUGCCUCGUGUACGGCUGGACACAGCACGUCCUGCUCGCCCUCAAACGCGGCGCGUGCCGCGACGUCGACACGCAGACCCCUCUGCUGCGCUCCCAGAAGAGGUUCUACGCCAGCACCCUCCCUGCCAGCCCCCCGGACGCAGAGCUGCCCCCCACGUCCACCCUGCUGUGA